CUCUGGUUCCAUUCAUUAUCCUCGUAGCACUCCUCAGAUGUGGGCAAAUCUUAUUGAAAAGGCCAAGAGAGGAGGACUUGAUGUAAUACAAACAUAUGUGUUUUGGAAUGUUCAUGAGCCUGUUCAAGGAAAGUAUAAUUUUGAAGGGAGAUAUGAUUUGGUGAGAUUCAUCAAGGAAGUUAGAAAUCAUGGCCUUUAUGCGAGCUUAAGGAUUGGCCCAUUCAUUGAAUCUGAAUGGAAGUAUGGAGGCUUCCCAUUUUGGUUGCAUGACAUCCCUGGCAUUGUUUUUAGAUCAGAUAAUGAACCCUUCAAGUUUUACAUGCAGAAAUUUGUAUCAAUGAUUGUGAACAUGAUGAAGUCUGAGAAACUGUAUGCAUCUCAAGGAGGUCCAAUUGUAAUUUCUCAGAUUGAAAAUGAGUACCAGUUAGUUGAGGGUGCAUUCCAUGAGAAAGGGCCUCCUUAUGUUAUUUGGGCAGCAUCAAUGGCUGUAGGACUUGGAACUGGUGUGCCAUGGAUGAUGUGCAAGCAAGAUGAUGCUCCAGACCCAGUGAUUAAUACAUGCAAUGGGAUGAGUUGUGGAGAAACUUUUGCAGGUCCUAAUUCACCAAACAAGCCAGCAUUGUGGACCGAAAAUUGGACCUCUUUCUAUCAAGUAUUCGGUGGCGAACCAUAUAUACGCAGUGCUGAAGAUAUUGCUUUCCAUGUUGCAUUAUUCAUAGCCAAAGGUGGAAGCUUUGUGAACUACUAUAUGUAUCAUGGAGGAACAAAUCUUGGAAGAUCGGCAUCGGCUUAUGUAACUACAAGUUAUUACGAUGAAGCUCCUCUUGAUGAAUAUGGUAUGAUAAACAAUCCUAAAUGGGAUCACCUCAGGGAAUUACACGCUGCUGUGAAGAAAUCCUCUCAACCAUUGCUUUGGGGAAAACAGACUAAUCUUUCACUUGGCCUAUUACAACAGGCUUAUAUUUUUCAAGAAAAUUCAAGUAGAUGUGCAGCUUUUCUUGUAAACAAUGAUACAUUAAGUAAUGUAUCUGUUAUGUUUCGUAAUACCGUAUAUGAGUUGCCUCAAAAGUCGAUUAGUAUCCUACCAGAUUGCAAGAAUGUUGUCUUCAAUACUGCAACUGUGAAUGCUCAAUCUGGUGUAAGAUCAACUAUUGCAGUAGAACAUUUCAACCAAACUAAGAACUGGUUGGCAUUUGCCGAAGGAGUCUCUAACAUUGGUAAGGCAUCGUUUGCCAAAAACGGGCUAUUAGACCAAUUGUCUAUCACCAAAGAUACAACCGACUAUCUUUGGUACACUGUCGGUUAUGAUUAUACAUCAACUGAGGAUCAUCAAUGGCUGCUUCGAGUCAAUUCGCAUGCCCAUGUUCUUCAUGCUUUUAUAAAUGAUGAAUUUAUAGGAACUGAGCAUGGGAGUCAUAAUUCUGAAGGAGUGGUGUUUGAGAAACCUAUCUCAUUACUGAAUGGGAAAAAUAACUUUUCAUUUUUGAGUGUUAUGGUUGGAUCACCGGAUUCAGGGGCAUAUCUAGAACAUAAAAUUUUUGGACUUCAGAGAGUGAGAAUUCAGGGAAAUAUUAAUGUUCAAGAUUUCGGUAAUCAGCUGUGGGGAUAUCAGGUUGGAUUGCAAGGUGAAAAAUUAGAAGUCUACACUGAAAAAGGAUCAGAAUCUGUUGAAUGGAAUACAUUUGAUACAUUUGUUCAUCAGUCAUUAGCAUGGUACAAGACGACGUUUGAUGCUCCGCCGGGAAGCGACCCAGUGGCACUCAAUCUUCAGAGCAUGGGAAAAGGCGAGGUUUGGAUUAACGGUGAAAGCAUUGGCCGAUAUUGGGUUUCUUUUCUUACUCCCAAGAAUCAAUCUUCUCAAACUCUGUAUGUAAUAUGGUAUCACAUUCCUCGUGCUUUUCUACAACCUUCAAACAAUCUACUUGUUCUCUUCGAGGAAAUGAGUGGAGAUCCUCUUCAAAUUACACUAGAAACUAUAUCUGUUUCCCACAUAUGCAAUGCGGCAGAAGAGCCAAAAAUGCAUAAGAUCUUAUCACCAAAACGGCGACCAGAAGUUCAUCUCCAAUGUCAUCAAGGGAAAAGAAUCUCAGCUAUAGACUUUGCAAGUUAUGGAACUCCUAAUGGAGAUUGUGCAAGCUAUUCAAUUGGUAGUUGUCACUCAAAUGCAUCUAAAGCUGUUGUUCAAGAGGUUUGUUUAGGCAAGAAUGCAUGUUCAAUCUCUGUUUCAGCAGUGCAAUUUCGGCAGCGAUCCAUGCCCGGAAACUUCAAAAUCUCUACUAGUUGCAGCAAUUUGCAGUUGAACAAUGAUGAUUAAUUGAAACAUAAGAAAAAGAUCAAAGAUUCAGUAGAAGUAUUAUGUCAAUGUUGUGCACUUAAUUUUAUUUUUACUUUUAUUUUCAACAUUGAUGAG